AUGUUUCCGAUUCCAAGGAUCCUGUUUUUCUUUGAUGUUCUUCUUCUUCUUCUUCUUCCCUUCUUUGGUGAGUCUAAUAAUUCAUCAUUAGAAUCUGAUCCUUUCUUCAAUUUCCUUAGUGCUAUUGACCCAAAAAAUGUUCUUAACAUAAGUAGUAGCAAUGUUAUUAUUGGUUCAUCAUCACCAUGCUUGGUCAACUUGAAUAAUAAUAAUAAUAACAAUGGUGUUAUUAUUAUAAGAUGCAACAAAAAUGCCACCAAUAUUGUUGAGAUAAGGCUUGAGAAUUUGAACCUUAGUGGCACAAUUGAUGCUGAUUCUCUAUGCAAGCUUCAAGAAUUAAGGGCUCUUAGCUUAGCCAACAACAACAUCAAAGGCAAAAUCCCACACUCAAUUUCGCAUUGUACAAGGUUGAUGUAUCUAAAUCUUACAAGAAAUCAAUUGAGUGGGAAUGUACCUACUAGAUCCUUAGCCAAGUUGAAAUUUCUCAAAAAAUUGGACAUAUCCAACAACAAUUUCAUCCAUGGUGUGAUCCAAAUUAAGCAUGAGUUCAUCAAGGGUAGUAUUGUAAAUUCAUCACCACAAUCAAGUGUUUCAAGCAAUAAUGAUACCUCAAAUAAUGGAUCAUCAUCAUCAUUUCCAAUAAUAUCUAUGAAAUUGUUAAUACCAUUGAUAUUAGGGCUUGUAAUUCUUUUAGUAUCACUUAUCUUUGCCUUCAAGAAAUUACCAAAGCUAUGUAGAGAGGGAAUAAUAAAAGUACUAAGAAGUCAUCAAGUUUCUCCAUCACAAAAGUCCAUAACAAGUGAUCAAAUGGUCAAGAAGGGUGGUUUAGAAGAUUCACCAUCACUAGGGCUUGUGUUCUUUGUUGAAAAAGAAGAGAGGUUCACCAUGGAGGAGUUGCUUCGCGCCGCGGCGGAUCUAAGGAGUGAGAGCUUUUGUAGCAGCCUAUACAAGGUGAAGCUUAAUAAUGUGGAGAAUAAUGUUCAAUACUAUGCUGUGAAGAGGUUAAAGAAUGUUCAAGUUUCUUGUGAAGAUGAGUUUGGAGAAACAUUGAGGAAAAUAAGCAAAUUGAAGCAUCCAAAUGUUCUUCCACUUGUUGGCUACCGUUCUACAAGUGAAGAAAAGCUUGUCAUCUACAAGUAUCAAACCAAUGGAAGCCUCCUCAAUCUCUUGAAUGAUUACAUAGCAGGUAGAAAACACUUCCCAUGGAAACUGCGUCUCUCUAUAGCAUGUGGAAUUGCAAGGGGUAUGGCCUUCAUAUAUAGGAAGAAGUUGAAUAACAAUAACAAAGAAGAAGAAGAUGAUUCCAUUAUUCCUCAUGGGAAUCUCAAGCCAUCAAACAUACUCCUCAAUGAAAACAAUGAACCACUCAUAAGUGAGCAUGGCCUAACAAAAUUCAUGGAUCCAAAUAGAUCCGGGUUCCUCCUUUCCUCUCAGGGAUAUACCGCGCCAGAAAGAUGCAUUUCUGAAAAAUCUGAUGUAUAUAGUUUUGGCGUGAUCUUGCUCGAAUUACUAACUGGCAAGAGCAUCGAGAAAAGUCGAAUCGAUCUCGCGAGAUGGGUUCGAUCUAUGGUAAGGGAAGAAUGGACCGGAGAAGUGUUUGAUAAAAAAGUUGGGACAAAUGAACAUCAAUGGGCUUUUCCAAUAUUGAAUGUUGCCCUAACUUGUGUUACAAGGUUCCAAGAAAAUAGGCCAACCAUGGGAGAGAUCUUAGAGAGGAUUGAAGAGGUUAUGGAUGAGCAAGAACAUCAAGAACAAAUUGCUUCUUCAAAAUGUUGCUCUAAUGGAUCCAAAGAUUGUUGUUCACUCCACAAAAUCAUUCCUGAUACAUGGGAUUCACCAGGUUCCAAUUACUAA